AAUAACAUCACACGCUGCUGAACUAGGCGAACUCGAUCAGUCACAAAUGGCGAUGUCCACCCUCCGAGCUGCGUUGGGCCAUGCUGCGCGAGUCGCCCACGAGGGCUCGCUGGUGGGCCUGCUUUCCAGGGGCAUGGCGAGUGCUGCCCAGCCGGCUGUCGACCAUGCACACCAUGAGAAGUCCAGGUCUGCUCUGUCCUAUGCCCAGAAGCUGCCCAACCAGCUGUUCAUCGACGGCAAGUGGGUGGACGCCCUGUCGCGCAAGACCAUGCCGGUGGUGGACCCGCGCACGGAGGAGGUGGUGGUGGAGGUGGCGGAGGGCGACGCCGCCGACGUGGACCGGGCAGUGGAGGCGGCGCGGCGCGCCUUCGACACCGGGCCCUGGCCCCGCAUGACCGCCAAGGAGCGCGGCCGGCUGCUGUACCGGCUGGCUGACGCCAUGGAGGCGCACGUGGACGAGCUGGCGCAGCUGGAGACACUGGACAACGGCAAGCCCUUCUUCUACAGUCGCCAUGUGGACGUGCCCUUCGCCAUCGACCACCUGCGCUACUACGCGGGUUGGGCUGACAAGAUCCACGGCAAGACCAUCCCGGUGGACGGCCCCUACCUGGCCUACACCUUCCACGAGCCGCUGGGCGUGGUGGGGCAGAUCAUCCCCUGGAACUUCCCCAUCCUGAUGGCCGCCUGGAAGCUGGGCCCCGCGCUGGCCGCCGGCAACACGGUGGUGCUCAAGCCCGCGGAGCAGACGCCCAUGACCGCACUCAAGGUGGCGCAGCUGGCCAAGGAGGUGGGCCUGCCCGACGGCGUGCUCAACGUGGUCACGGGCUACGGGCCCACAGCCGGCAACCGGGUGGCCUCGCACCCCGGCGUGGACAAGACCGCCUUCACUGGCAGUACGGAGGUGGGUCGCCUGGUGGCCAAGGCCGCGGCGGAGCAGCUCAAGCCGUGCACCCUGGAGCUGGGCGGCAAGAGCCCCAUCAUCGUGUGCCCCGACGUGGACGUGGACAAGGCGGUGGCGGACGCGCACAUGGCGCUGUUCUUCAACCACGGCCAGUGCUGCGCCGCCGGCUCACGUGUGUACGUGCACGAGGCCGUGUACGACGAGUUCGUGCGCAAGAGCACCGAGGCCGCAGCCACCCGCAAGGUGGGCGACCCGUUCAGCUCUGUGGAGCAGGGGCCGCAGGUGGACGACGACCAGUUCAAGAAGAUCCUGUCCUACAUCGACAGCGGCAAGCGGCAGGGCGCCAAGCUGAUGACGGGCGGCGGGCGCAAGGGCGACCGCGGCUACUACGUGGAGCCCACCGUGUUCGCGGACGUCAAGGACGACAUGAAGAUUGCGCGUGAGGAGAUCUUCGGGCCUGUGCAGUCCAUCAUGAAGUGGAAGAGCCUGGACGACGUGAUUGCCCGCGCCAACAACUCGCCCUACGGCCUGGCUGCCGGCGUGUUCUCCAACAAUAUCGACACCGUCAACACCCUGACACGCGCGCUCAAGAGCGGCACUGUGUGGGUCAACUGCUACAACCUGUACGACAACGCGGUCCCGUUCGGCGGCUACAAGGAGAGCGGCAUUGGGCGUGAGAAGGGCGAGUACGCGCUGUCCAACUACACGCAGGUCAAGGCCGUGUACCAGCCCCUGUCCAACCCCGCCUGGCGCUAAGCAGUGAGCGGGUGGCGUGAGCGGGGUGUGGGAGGGGGUGUGGAAGGAGAGCGGGGAGGUGGUGGAGAUGAUAGAGCGCGGAGGAGAAGCGGAGGCGCAGAGGAGCAGGGGCGGUGCGGCAAAGAUAUAAGCUUAUCGACUAACCGGAUUCAGGAGUGGAGUGUGACAUGCACAGGUGUUGCAGGGGCCAGUGCGUUGGGCGUGUGGGAGAAAUGUUAAUGUUGCUACUGCUGGCUGGGUGUCUGGGAGUUGUCGGCUUCAAUGCUCAUACUUGCGUUGUCACAAAGUCGUCGAUUCGUUUGAUUGAGUUCGCUGAUUGAAUUGGUGGGGUACGCAGUGGCACAGACUGUGCACAUAGGAGCGAAGGACGUGGGUCCCUGGGGCAUGGGCUUUUGUGAGUCUGCAGUGCGCAAGCGACUUAUGGGAGGGAGUAUCUGCCCCUGCGCCUAUCCAGGCCACCUAUAGCAAGUCCGAGGCCAUGUCUUCUACGUUGCGUUGCUUGGGCAUACGGUGAAUCGAAGUACUGUAUGUAACACCAAGCCUUU